AUGUCGGAGGCACAGACAGGGGCCCUCAGGAGCCUCACCCGGGGCCCAACACUGGCUCUGCUCCCACAAAGACACAAAAACAACAUGAGCUAUUUAUGCAAAGCUGUGAGCAAACACAUCUGUGUGAGAGCUGCAGGAGGGAAUAAGACCCAUGAUCCAGGAUCAGGAAAACCAUCAGGAAAACCAUCAGGGAAACCAUCAAGGGAACCAGCAGGGAAACCAUCAGGGAAACCAUCAAGGGAACCAUCAGGGAAACCAUCAAGGGAAACCAUCAGGGAAACCAUCAAGGGAACCAUCAGGGAAACCAUCAGGAAAACCAUCAGGGAAACCAUCAGGGAAACCAUCAAGGGAACCAUCAGGGAAACCAUCAGGAAAACCAUCAGGAAAACCAUCAGGGAAACCAUCAGGGAAACCAUCAGGGAAACCAUCAAGGGAACCAUCAGGGAAACCAUCAGGGAAACCAUCAGGGAAACCAUCAGGGAAACCAUCAGGGAAACCAUCAAGGGAACCAUCAGGGAAACCAUCAGGGAAACCAUCAGGAAAACCAUCAGGGAAACCAUCAGGAAAAUCAUCAGGGAAACCAUCAGGGAAACCAUCAGGAAAACCAUCAGGGAAACCAUCAGGGAAACCAUCAGGAAAACCAUCAGGAAAACCAUCAGGGAAACCAUCAGGAAAACCAUCAGGAAAACCAUCAGGAAAACCAUCAGGGAAACCAUCAGGAAAACCAUCAGGGAAACCAUCAGGGAAACCAUCAGGAAAACCAUCAGGGAAACCAUCAGGAAAACCAUCAGGGAAACCAUCAGGGAAACCAUCAGGGAAACCAUCAGGAAAACCAUCAGGAAAACCAUCAGGGAAACCAUCAGGAAAACCAUCAGGGAAACCAUCAGGGAAACCAUCAGGAAAACCAUCAGGAAAACCAUCAGGGAAACCAUCAGGAAAACCAUCAGGGAAACCAUCAAGGGAACCAUCAGGGAAAAUACAUCAUGA